UGAGAGAUAAUGGCGUGCGCUGGCAGUAGCUCCCCAAGAUACAGCAGCUGACCUUUGAGUGCGCGUUAUAUACACAUUGGGGUCCACCUGAUCGUGUGUUGCUCUGAGCAGGGGCUAUAGGAUGCGAUUGCGUGUCUGAAGAACCCUGAGCAGGACCACCAAGCUUGGGCUAUCUCUCGUUGACCUCCAGCACCGUAAGCAGACAUGGCGACGAUAGCACGCGCACCGGGGGACUGCUGCAUCAAGACCGUCGAACACUCGGGAACCGCGCGGGGGACAGUCGAGAAGUUUGCGGGCGUUGACACGUAUGUUUCGCGUCCGGCUGAAUUGGGGGAGAAGCGGAAGAUCAUCUUGUUCUUCGCGGACGUGUAUGGGCCGUUCUUCCUGAACUCGCAGUUGAUCAUGGAUUAUUGGGCGUCCAAUGGGUACCUGGUGUUGGCGUUGGAUUACUUCGAGGGUGAUCCGGUGCAGAAUCACCUGAGCAAAUUGGGGAAGAACUACCGCAUCGAGUUUGACUUCGUCCCUGGGAAGCUGAUCCGCGCCAGGCAGAUCACGCCGGACUGGCUGGACGCGGUGAAGGAGCAAUUUGGGACAUCGCAGACGCAAUGGUUGACUGUAGGAUAUUGCUUCGGCGCACCUUUCGUGAUGGAAUGUAUGGCGAAGGACUGGAUCACCGCAGGUGCAUUCGGGCACCCCGCCGUUUUAAAGGAUCAGCACUUCCGGGACAUGAAGAAGCCGUUGCUACUCUCGUGUGCAGAGGUCGACCAUACUUUCCCCUUGGAGUUCCGCCGCCGGGCUGAAGACAUCAUGAUUGAGAUCAAGGCCACGUACCAUAUUCAGGUCUUCUCCGGGGUGACCCACGGCUUCGCGCUCAGGGGGAACGUGAACGAUCCUGUCGCAAGAUGGGCGAAAGAGCAGAGCGCGUCGACGAUUUUGAGCUGGUUCGACAACUUCUGUGCUGCAGAGCAGCGGCCUGAGGUCAAGCUGUAGAAAUGGAUGCGAGCGAUCUGCCGUAGGAGGAUGGAUGACCGCGUGCUACUCCGGCCUGUUGUACAUUCAUGUCGUACUAAGUACUAGCACCUGAAGUCGCUGGCUUCAAGAUUAUAGAUCCAGUAUUGAUAAGUACUGCUUCAACGUGGUCUCCAUCUGUAGAGAUCGAGAGAAUCAUACUUAUGCAGCGUAGGCGAUUUACAGAAGUCGGACGUCGACCAUUGAGUUGAACCAGGGCUAGUUGAGCGUGCACGCCAAUGUGAUACAAUCAGAUAUUGUUCCUAGUGUCUGUCAUCUGUCACAGCAACAAUU